AAAGCGACAUUUCAGAAUUUGAAGACCCACAGGCUGCUGGUCGGGGGACACGGGGACUUGUAGAUGUGGAGGAGGAGCCGGGGCACCUCUGGGCUGGAACUUCCUGGGUGUGAAUUUGCUAAACAGAAACGCAGAGCUCCUCCCUUCCAGGGAAAGGAAACCAACAGCCCGGAGCCACAGGCAGAAGGGAUAAAGGCUGAGCUGACCUCCCGGAGGCCGAUCUGCCUCCACCCGCCCUGCGCCCGCCACGCCAUGGAGCUCAGAAGCACGUCUGCCUCACACCUGGACAAGUUCAUCGAAGACCACCUCCUGCCGGACACGCAGUUCCGCAGGGAAGUCAGGAGAGCCAUCGAUCUCAUCUGCAGCUUCUUAAAGGAAAGGUGUUUCCGAGUCUCUUCCCACUCUGUGCGGGUGUCGAAGGUGGUCAAGGGUGGCUCCUCAGGCAAAGGCACUACCCUCAAAGGCCGAUCUGAUGCUGACCUGGUGGUCUUCCUCGUAAAUCUCACCAGUUUCCAGGAUCAGUUACGCCGCCGGGGAGAGUUCAUCACAGAAAUUAGGAGACAACUGGAGGCGUUUCAAAGAGAGAGGUUUGACGUGACGUUUCACAUCCAGACUUCACAGUGGCCCAACCCCCGAGUGCUCAGCUUCGUGCUAAGUUCCCGGCAGCUCAAGGAGGAGGUGGAGUUUGAUGUGCUGCCGGCUUUCGAUGUCCUGGGUCAGAUCACCAGAGACUACAGACCCGACCCCCAGAUCUACGCCCGGCUCAUCCGGGAGUGCAGCUCCCUGGACGCGGAGGGCGAGUUCUCCACCUGCUUCACAGAGCUCCAGCGAGCCUUCCUGAAGCAGCGUCCCACCAAGCUCAAGAGCCUCAUCCGCCUGGUCAAGCACUGGUACCAGCUGUGUAAGGAGAAGCUUGGAAAGCCACUGCCACCCCAGUAUGCCCUGGAGCUGCUCACAGUCUAUGCGUGGGAGCGUGGGAGUGGAGAAUUUGAGUUCAGCACGGCCCAGGGAUUUCAGACCGUCUUGAACUUGGUCAUAAACUACCAGCAGCUUUGCAUCUACUGGACAGCAUAUUACACCUUUGAAGACCCCGUUAUUGGAGCCUACCUGAACAAGCAGCUCAAGAAGCCCAGGCCUGUGAUUCUGGACCCGGCUGACCCUACAGGAAACGUGGGAGGUGGCAGUGCAGAAGGCUGGUGGCGGCUGGCACAGGAGGCCAGGGCCUGGCUGAAGUCGCCUUGCUUUAGGAAAUGGGAUGGCUCCCCAGUGGGCUCUUGGGACGUGCCGCCCGCAGCGGACAGCAGGAGACCCCGGCCGCUUCAGCCGUAGCCCUACCUCAGCACCUCUGGAGACGCCGAUUUCCCUCCGAGCCCGUACACAUGCCAGCCAGGGUCCACUCUCCGGGAUGACCAGGGCUGGACGUACACUCUCCUGUGACCCCCGUGCGGCUGAGGGGAGGCAGCUCCAGGGUCGCCCAUUUCCAGGUGCAGCUCUGGACCCGCAGAAGGCGAGGCCCCGCCCCCGCCGGGAUCAGAAUCCAGGCCUGUGGCCCCACCGCCCGCGCCCUGCAGGCUGGCGGUCGCCGGCUGCGCCCCUCGGCCCUCCUCAGCCCCUGCCGGCUUCCUCUGAGAUGCCGGGGGAGCUUUGGACAAGAGAGUGGAACUCAGCCUUGACUUCCACCUGGGUGCCCUGGUGGGAAUGUUGUGUUCGAUUAUCAAUAACAAUAAAUGAAAAU